GGACAAAUUAUGCAAAAAUGCAAAGCGUUGGACUUAAACUCACGCGAUGGAUUGCAAAGACCUCAUCUCCAAAGGCAAAACAAAACAGCACUUGACUUUUUCACUCUUCAACGCUUCCUUGCUUUGUUCAAGUCCUCUCUCUCUCUCUCUCUAAAACUUUGACAAGAAAUCAAGAGAAGCUGUAGAUAACAGAAACAGAGAGACUCAGUCAGAUCUUCUUCUUUGACCACAAUCUCCUCUAUAUCUCUUUUUGAGGUUCACAAAUUUCUUCAGCUCUUCAAGUUUAAUUUCUUCAGUCCUUUUCUUCUUCACUCAUUCAUCCAUUUACAGAAGAAGAGGAAGAAACUAUUAAAGGGUCCUUCAUCAAUCAAGUUUAGGUGCUCAGAUUAAAAUGGUGAACACGGUUGCUAAAGUACGCCUAGUGAGAUGCCCGAAAUGCCUCAAGCUUCUUCCUGAAUUUGCAGAUGUUCCUAUGUAUCAGUGUGGUGGAUGUGGUUCUAUUCUUCGAGCGAAAAACUGUAGUAUCAGUAAAGAGAGUGCCUCUUCUUUAGGAUCACCUGUAACUGUCACUUCUCGAAGUAUAUCAGAUAACGAGUCCUCAGGUGAUGGAUUGUCCUCCUCUACGCAAAAUAUAGAUCUUUCCUCAUUGAAUCAUGAAGAAGUAAAUAGUACCAAUCGAAAUCACAGCCAUGAGGAAGGAGAAUUUUUAACUACUGAUGAGAGCAAAGAAUCCUCAAAUGGUGUAUCUUGUAGCACUGAAGAGAGAGAUGCCGAUAGUUCCAGUCUACUUGGUUUCAGUUGCAAGGAUGAGGAUAAAGAAGAAGAGAAAGAAGAGAAAUCUUCAAAUCUCAGCAAUGAAGUAUCAGGAGAGGAAAUAGUCGAUAGAGAACACGAAGAUACAAAAAGCAACAGUUUUAGCUCACCAGCUUCUUCUUCUUCUUCUUCUUCUUCUUCUUCUUCUUCAAUUGAGCGAGUUCCUGAAAAGUAUCGACUCAAGUCUAGAAGGACAUUCAGAAGUCAACCAAGUUCAGGUUCAGGCAUCUCCAAAGCAAAGGAAGGAGGAGGAGAUAUAUACAAUGCUAGUAAACAAAAAAGAAUGGCAUCGUUGGGCUCUGAGAGCUUUUAUUCCGUAGAAAGCUCGAUUGAACCUGAGAAUGAAGUACCCUCUCGUUCUCCAUCAAAAGAUUUACGUCAUGUCAAGAGAAAUUCAUCUGGGCAUCAAAAUGAAAGCAAUUCCAUGAGAUUGAAGAACCUGAACCAGAAUCGAGAAGAGUUGAUACAACUGGUCGAGGAACUAAAAGAUAAAUUAGGCAAAGAAUAUGCACAAAAGUAUUGUAUUCAGUCCUCAAAAAUGCCUCUCUCAUAUCUUCAUCCCCAUCUCAAGGCAAAUGAACCAAUUCAGCCUUUGCGUAAGUCUCGGCCACUGAAGAGAUUUUAUCGUCCAGUUCUAGGUGGAGCUCCCUUCGUCAUCUGCUACAAAUGCUUCGAGAUGUUGCAUAUGCCUGCAGACUUUCUUAUAUCGAAGAAAAGGUUGAAUAAAUUGAAAUGCGGGUUUUGUUCUGAGAUUUUAUUGCUGCCAUUUCCUGCAAGGGCUUAUCCAGUUCCACAGGCUUCUUCGGCUGAGAAUGAAAAUUGUUCAGAAGGUCCAAUUUCUUAUUCUGAAGAGUAUGGGGUUUCUUGUACUGAGAGCAGUUCUGCUGAGGCUGAGCCUGCGUUGAAUGUUUCUGGGGUUUCUUCUAAUCAGGGUGAGGAUCUUAAAGGUUUGGGUUUACCUUUGCAUCGGAUUAUGGGGUACGCUUCAGCAAGAUAUUUAUUGUGAGAGUGUCUAUCCUUGAACCAGUGCAAUUCAAAAGACUUGGGCUGUUAAGGAAAGACGAUUCUUCAAAGGGACUGAAUGUUAGAAUGCCAUAGUAAAAUCGGUUGUAAAUAGAACCCUGCAGAAAUUGGUGAAGCAUGUGUGAUUUCGACAGAGUUUGUUUGCCUCUUGUAUGAAGAGGAAAGUAUGUGCAUUGUUUCAUUGUUUUCAUUGAAUAGAGCACCUGUAUUGUUCUCGUUA